AUGUUAAGGAUCAAGCAGUCCUUCAUGAUUACAGACUUGGAAAGUGAUGAUAUGAUUAUUGGCAUUGACUGGCUAAAAUACCAUAACCUAGAAAUAGAUUGGAAUGCUGGACGCUUUGCACUUUCUUAUUGCCCUAUUAAAUAUAUUACAAAAAAAGAGAAUGAUAAGAAAAGGAGGGAGGAGGGGCCAGAUCUGAUUCCCACAGAAGAGGAUGGCAAUGAAGACAUGGCAAUGAAAAGGGUGACAGUUGAGACAAUAGAAGAUGAAGAGUGUCCUGGAGAACGAAUCAAGUAUAAAGCCUCAGUCAUUAUAGAGCAGAAGGUAGCAAAAGAAGCUAUGAAGGUAAAGAAGUUGGUUGAAGAAAUGAUUCCUGACUGGCUUCAUGAGUGGCUGGGAGUUUUCUCAGAAGAAUCUAAGCACUUCCCUGAAAGAAAGAAAUGA